CGGUGAACCCGGAAGUGCAGCGUGGUUCUGCCAGGUCUGUGCAUGUUGAGUUACAAUUAGCAGCUAGCUGUGAUGGCCGCUCUCACCAGCAGGAGCAUAGUCUUUGUGACUGGGAAUGCCAAGAAACUCGAAGAGGUAUUAUCUUAUAUCUCUUAUGUUUAUUGAUUUACAUAGGUUUAUUAUGGUUACAUAGCAUAGAAAGUUUUGGUUGCUAAGUACGCGGUUAUUCUGUGUUCACUCUGCUGAUAUAUAUAGAUAGUGGCCCUGCAGGUCCAUUUAGUAGAGGUCUCUUGGGAAAAGUAAUAUUUAAUGUAAGGUCCUGCUUGUCAAAUGACAUUGAUGUUUAUUGAAUUGUUCUAAGUACUUAUAAUGAUGGUCACUAUGUAGCCCCCAUUUACAAUGACAUUCCACUGCCAUAAAACAAACUGUUUAGUAGAUAUAACCCCAAUGUAGGUAUUUAAACGGACACUAUAGUCAACAGAACAACUACUGUUUAUUCAAUUUGUUUUGGUGAGUAAAAUCAUUACCUUCAGGACUUUUGCUGUAAACACUGUCUUUUCAGAGAAAAUGCAGUGUUUACAUUACAGCCUAGUGAUAACUUCACUGGCCACUCCUCAGAUGGCUGUUAGAGAUCCUUCCUGGGUCAUGGCUGCCUAAAAUGCAUCCAAACAUUCAGUGCCUCCUCACUCUGCAUGCAGACACUGAACUUUCCUGUGUUUGAAUCAUGCUGGCUCUGCCUCUGAGCUGCCUCUUUGUCAGUCUCAGCCAAUCCUAUGGGGAAGCAUUGUGAUUGGAUCAGGCCACCACUUCUGAUGAUGUCAGCAGACAGCUUUUUUUUCUGAGGCAAACAACAUGCAGAGCUACAGCUUCAGGCUUGAAUACAGUAAGAUUUUGCUAUAUUUAUGGAGGCAUGAGGGGCCCAAGGGGGCUAGAUGGUGGUGUUAACUCUAUAGGGUCAGGAAUACAUAUUUGUGUUCCUGACCCUAUAGUGAUCCUUUAAUUUAAAACCGACUUGCAAAAGCUGCACACCUCUCUUCUGUAGCUUUUGCAAUCCCUCCUCCCCUCCCUUCAUAGCUCAGACUUUCUGUGGCUGUCUAAUCACAUUCUUUCCAGUGCAACUGAAGUCUUUCUAAGGCAGUUGCCCAGCUGUAUUGCCUGCCUCUUGAAUUUAGCUAAAUUAGGCUAAACUAAAAGGAAGUAACAUGGCAGGUUGACAGCUUGGUGGGUGGAGGUAACAGGUUUAAUUUAUACAAGUGCCAGUUUUCAAUUUUUAUUGAAAUCUGCACUUUUUGUAAAAUGGAGAAAAGGGGUCUCUCUUCAAACAUAAAGCUCUUCAGCAAGCUUAAGUGCUCACUUUUGGAGUGUUCCUUUAAGUAGGCUUUUUUUUUUUUUUUUUUUUUUUAAAUAAAAGAUGUUUCCUAACUGGCAGCAAUUAUUUCAAAACAACCUGGCAGCAUUCUACAUAUACAUACAGGUUAUGGUCCCAUAGAUUUUUUAUUUAUUUUUUACUUCUGAUUAGAAUAUACUUAUAAAAAACACAAAAAUAGGUGCUCACUAUAUACUUUAAGGCAGCAGUAAAUCUUACAAGGAUUCCCCAAAACCUUGUAGGAAUAGAGACAGAACACAAACACAAAAAAUAGAUAACCGUGCCUUAAAACACAGUAAUGUACAAAAAUGAAGUCAAAUAUAAAUCAUAUGUACAUACUUUUUUGUUAAAAGUCUAUGAAGUCUUUGGCUGUUAUACAGUGAUGCUUCUGUAUUCCCAAGAAAUUAUUGAGUGAGUCAUAGAUAUGUUAAAUAAAAAGGGUUUCACGUUUAAAUUGAGCUGUUUCAUUUACAAAUCAGUGGUGGCCAGCAUGCAGCUGUACAUUUGACAUGGCCCUACAACUUCAUAAUGUUCAGCCAGCAGCAGAUAGAAUCCCUUUCUUUUAAAACAAUUGCCAAGCUUUGCAGGUCUUGUUUCUCCAUUAUAGGAGAGUUACCUGGAGGUAACCGUAGAGAUGCAUUCACAAGCUUAUUUGCUUAUCCCUGGAUUGUAGCCAACUGAAAAUGUUAGGCCAAAAUAAAAAAACAUGUAAAAAGUCCCAGUUUAGAAAUGUUUCCAAUUCUGUUAUUGUUAUUUGCAAUUAUCUUGUCUUUUAGCUACGAUUUGUGGUCUAGUAAAAAAUGUAGAGGUUUUAUUAGGCUUAUAAACUAUACCAAUAGUAUGAGUUCUGAAAUUAAACUAUUUGAUUUAUGUUAUCAUCAUUAUGUGUAAUUCUGGCUACAUAUUGCUUACUUUCAUGAUUUGCUAAUUUUUUUUAAUUUAAUUUUUAAGGUUAUUCAGAUCCUUGGAGACAGAUUUCCGUGUAAGCUAGUGGCCAAGAAAAUUGACUGUAAGUUUUAUUUAUAGUUUCAUUCCUCCAUGAAACAAAACUUGCUCAAUGUUGUUAAUGUGUGUUUACUUAUUUUUUUUAUUUCUAUACCUGCAGUACCAGAGUACCAAGGUGAACCCGAUGAGAUUUCAAUUCAAAAGUGCAAAGAAGCUGCAAGACAGGUUGGUAAAGUAUCUUGAAGGAUGCAUGCCGAAGGAUGGCACGACUUCCAAGAUUGAGAUUGCUGCAAGAUUGCAUGGCAGAGCAAAGUGUUAUUACAUAAACCAUAAAAAAGUGCACUGUACCUUUAAAUUUAGCAAUUACUAUUUAUGCAUUUUGUGCUUGGCAACUGCUCAGUCAUUAAAGUGGCACUGUCAUGGCCGCAUCUGUUUUUUUGGUUUCUUUUUUAAACCCCUCUUCUGACUCCAAUACAUUUUAUAGUGCCCCAUGUCAUCCCUAAAUGUCCCUAGGCUCCUCAAUUUCUUUUUUAAUAACUUUAUUUUAUGCCCGGACAUAGCCAUCUUUGUUGUGGGCAGGUAAAGUCCCUGUGGGACACUUCAUCUGUCCACACUAGCGCUAUGAAAUUGAUGCUCGUGCCCAGUUAAACACUGGGGCAUUCGGACGGGAAUUUCGUCAAUUCAUUAAUUCUUCAGAAAUACGAAUGAAUAGACAUUUCGAAUGAAUGAAUACCUCUUCAUUCGUUUAGUUUAUUACAAGGAGGGAGCUACCGGCUUGCAGCUCCCUCCUUGUAAUAUGUAAAAAGAGAAGCGGCAGGGAGCAGUGCUCCCCGCCACUUCCUAACUCCCCCCAUGUCCUCCCUCAAUCUAUGGGGGUCAAUAUGACCCCCAUAAAAGUAUAAGGGAGAAUAAAAUCUCUUGAAUGCCCCUACUCAAACAGCCUGUGGCUGCUCACUGUUCUAAAAAAUAAGCUUCCCACCCCCUGACUCAAAUAAUGGGGGACCUAGUAUAGGCCCCCCAUGGUGGGGCAUUUUGAAAAACAAUUAACAGGGGAGAACAUAGUGUCGGUGCACCCCCUCCCUUUGUUACUUAGGGCCCCCACCCGCAGCUCAUGGGUGGGGGCCGGGAGGGGUGGAGACAAUAUGCCCCCCCCCCUUUUGUUACUUAGGGCCCCACCCUACGCUCAUGGGUGGAGGCCAGGGGGGGCGCCUGCCAAUAGGGUCCCACCCUAUUCUUGUUUACUUUUACAAUAGGUCCCCACUCUUGUUACUUUUGGCCCCCAUCUGCCGCUCAUGGGUGGGGGCUGGGAGGGAAGUGGGAAAGGAGUCAAUAUGUAUAGUUUGCCCUCUUCCCCUUUUGUUAUUACGGCUCUCACACGUCGCUCAUGGGCGGGGGGGACCCGUUCUGUUGAAUAGCCGGAAUGGGUGGGGGUUGACACUAUGUCCUUCCACGUAAUUAUUUUUCUACAUGCCCCACAAUGGGCACAGGUGGGGGCGGAUCAUUUAAUUGAUUUGAGGGGUAGGGAGCCACAGGCUGCUCACUGUUUAGUAUACAUGCCCCUACUCGCGGUAUAGCAAGUAGGGGCAUUCGGGAGAUUUAAAACUCCCUUAUUCACUAAUACUUAGUCAUCUUCACUUAGUAUUAGUAAAUAUGACUGAAAGACCAAUUUAGGUCUUUCAGCCUUUUAGUAGAUAGCUCCCUAAUACCAUGGGAAUUAGGGAGCUAUAUACUUGCGGCACGAAUAGAUCGGCAUUUCAUUAAUUCAAAUUAAAUUCCGAUCCAAAUAAAAGUCCCGAAUUGCGUCCCAACAUGAAUGGACAAAGUGUUCUCAUUCUGUUAGGACGAAAUUUGGUAGUUUCGCCUGCGUCCUGUAUAUGUGAUAGGACGUUCGGGAAUACUGAAAGCAGGCAUCGCAGGAUCACGGAGAAAAUGGUGAGUGGGAAAUUUUCUCUGACCCACAGGGAGUAGGUCAGAGCUGGUCAGACGUAGGAAAUAUACAUAAGACAAAGUAGUCCCUACUUUGUCUUAUGUUUUAAAGAAAACUAGAGCAGAUAGGAAGAAAAGAAGAACAGACCAUGAGAGAGGGAGAGAAGAGAAAGCAAUUAGGGAAAGGUAAGUUCGGCAUGACAGUGUUGCUUUAAUUAGUGUUGUAACAUAAGCAGAUAGAAAGUGUUUUUGUACAUUGUACAUAGAAAGUGUUAGACACUAAAGUUGUGAGUUCUUGGUAAUUCAAAGUUUCACAUUUGGGAAAAUUCUCAUCUAAGGUAGCUAUGGUUUUUAGUUUGGCUUUCUUAGCCCAAAAUUUGGAACUUGCAUUAAAUGCCUAUCAAAUCACUCUAUAAUGAUUAACUGUGUAUGUCUCCUUAUGCCUAAAUAAAGUCACAUUUUGAGCUAUGUUUAGGAUUACAUACAUUUUCAGAAGAAAUUUGCAUUCUGCCUAUACCUGGGGAUUUGGUGGUUGGUUUCUAAUAUUUCCCUUUAUGACAAUACUUUUUGUGUGUGUCCCCAUCCCCAGAUUCAAGGUCCUGUUAUAGUUGAAGACACAUGUUUAUGCUUCAAUGCAUUGGGUGGUCUGCCUGGUCCUUAUAUGUAAGUAUCAAGAAAUUAUGUUUUGUAUACAAUACAACAGUAGCUCAUAUGUUGUGACCUAAAAUUGGAUUCUACUGGUUUGAGAUCACACACAGCAUGCUCAUCUAGGACCCAGAUUACUACUUGGAUUAAGUCGCAUUAUUGUUUUCCCCACUGAACUGAAGACUCCUUUUACAAAGGCAACAGGUACAUUUUGGCAAGAUGUGUGUUUGUUUUUAAAGCUAAUAACCAUGAUUAAGAACUGCAAUUUUGUACAGAUUAAAAAUGUGUAUGUUGUAAAGCCUCCUAAAGGGUAAAUAACAUAAAAGCACCAUAAGGACUUUGCAUUACUGCAAUGUGUAUGUUUAUAUCUUUAGUGUAUAGACUGCAUUAAAAUAUGGGGUCAAUUUGUAGCUAGUAUUUAUUUAAGAUAGAUUUACUAUAGAAAUUAUAAUUCUACUAUUUAAAAAUCUCCAACGUCUGAUAUUAUUUCUUAACUAAUUCCUUUCAGUCCCAGUGGCUUCUACUUUAGCCCCGUGGCAUUACUGUCUAUUACUGAAUUAAAAUCUUAAUCAAUAACCCUCUGUAUCAUAAACAGUGGUUCUUUCUGAAGAGUGUGUAAUCCUGCUCAAAGAUUAAAAAAACUGUAAAAUAAAGUCAUUCCUGUCUAUUUUCUUUAUUUUUGAGACACCAUUCCGUGCUUGAUGUUAUUGAUUGUGUUCUAUGUGAAUACCAGGGUAAAGCCCUGCCAUUGGAUGAGAGCUGAUCACUCUCAGUCAAUGAGCUUUGCCCUGUUAUACUGUGUCUGGUGGACCACAGAUAUGUUUCAAAUGGUUUGACUUCUUACAUUGGGGAGGCACAGGGACUCUCCUGGCCCUGUAGCAGUUAUGGUGUUUGAAGUGUUGCUUUAACUUGUUGGAGAAUUAAUUAGCUAGUGUUUAUGGUGCCUCUAGUGAUACUAUAAUAUAAGUGGUAAGGGGCUUAUACUGUCCUGUAGCACAAGGGAUGCUGCAAGGAAGGAAGGAAUGAAUGGUUAGGACGGUAAGCUCAAGUAGGGUGUGGUAUUAAAGAACAGGAUUAUUUUAUUUUGAUUCAUUUUUGUUUUUUAAUGGCUUUUGAUCUUGCCCUCCUUUCAAGGUAAACCAUACAAGAUUAGAUUAUGUUGCCUCCACUAUACUAUAAAGGUUGUACUUCCCUCAAACUGUUGCUUCCUUUUUUUUCUGUUGCAGAAAAUGGUUUCUUGAAAAAUUAAAACCAGAAGGUAAGACAGUGAACCAGUUUUUAAAAAUUUUAAUAUCUGAACAAAGAUUAGCCAAGUGUUUGUUUGCAAAGUGCUAGUAUGCCGAUGCUGUAUCUAUUGUUAGUUUAAAAGUUCACUAUAGUGUCAGGAAAACAAAGUGGUUUUCCUGACACUAUAGUGCCCUGAGGGUGCCCCCACCCUCAGGGUCCCCCUCCCGUGGCGCUGAAGGGGUUAAAACCCCUUCAGUUACUUACCUUAAUCCAGCGCCAGGCUCCCUCGGCACUGGUCACCUCUCCUCCCCUACCGACGUCAGUGGAGCCGAAUGCGCAUGCACAGCAAGUGCCGCGCGCGCAUUCAAAGUGUCCAUAGGAAAGCAUUUCUUAAUGCUUUCCUAUGGGCGCUCUGCGCGAUGGAGGCAUAAUAUGCCUCCAGCGUCGCAGAUGCGCCUCUAGUGGCUGUCCGGAAGACAGCCACUAGAGGCUGGCUUAACCCUGCAAUGUAAACAUAGCAGUUUCUCUGAAACUGCUGUGUUUGCAUCUGCAGGGUUAAAACCUGAGGGACCUGGCACCCAGACCACUUCAUUGAGCUGAAGUGGUCUGGGGGACUAUAGUGUCCCUUUAAUUUAGCAAGCCUAAGUAAAACUACAGAUGCUUGGUGUGUAUUGGACCAUACAGAUAACUUGUGAAUAUCAUACAGGGUUAUCCACUAAAAAGUGAAUCGCUGUAAAUUCAAAGUGAUAUUUUUUUUUUAAAGUGGGUAUCAAAUUCCAGGACAAAAUUGCCAAGUUGGGGGGAAAAAACAAAAUACAAAUUCACUUUAAAAUCAUAAUAAUUCAAACUUUAGUGAAUAACUGUGGUAGUCGGGUAACAUUCUGUAAUAACCCAGAUUUCACACAGGUUUGAAGAACUCUUAAUAUUAAAGUGCAGAAUAAUAUUUUUGAGGAUACCCUAACAUGUGUUUGUGCGUAGGACUGCACCGUCUACUAGCGGGGUUUGAAGACAAAUCUGCCUAUGCCCUCUGCACGUUUGCUUUCAGCACUGGACGUCCAGAAGACCCUGUUCUGUUGUUUAGAGGGAAAACUCUGGUGUGUACAAGAAAUGUUGAUCUGUAAUUUAGAAAUGUUUUUACCAUGUUAAUACAUUUUAUUGUUUGUUUGGUUUUGUUUUGGCCAGCUGACCAGUGUGUCAAGUUAAAUUUACAGCUGUAAACUACAUAUUCAGUGCUCCAUUUUGUAUGCUUUAUAGUGGUUUCUAAAUUGUUGAAGUUUGAAUUGGUUAAAUGUCUCUACCACCUGUGCUGUUGGAGUUGUCCAUCAAUCUACCACCCUGUAAAUAAAGCAGUGCAUCAUUCCCUUUACAGGACUAUCGUACUGUCAUGCCUUGUCUGCUAUGUGUCUGGCACUUGCUGUUUUGGCUAAAAUUAUGCAAUUCAUACAUGAUUGUUAUUGACAGAAAGCUAAAAUACUAACCCCAAAAGGCAAUUAUAAACCUAAAUACCAUCCUUAGGGUUAGAUAAAAUUUUCCACAAUGUACAUUAUUUUAACCCAUUUUGUAGAUGAGUUGGUCACCAUUUAAACUGCCCCUUGGUUCACUGAUUAGUGUGUUUGCCUCCAGUCAGGAGCAUCUCAUUCUGGUCUCUGAGGACAGACCUUAACCUCUUAAAUCUCUGUCUAUAAUUAGCUUAUCUCAAAGAGCUGUUCCAGUCAUCAUGUAGGAUGCAGAAAUACUGUGCCUGUCAUUCGUUUACAGACAACCUGGUUCACUGUUCAGUGAACCAAGUUGUGUGCCAUUACUAUACUAUAAAUAUUUUUAUUACCGUAUAUUAUGAGCCUAACAAAUUAAGCCAGUCUCAACUGAUGCACUAAAUUUGCCUACUUAAUUUGAAAUGAUAUGAAUCGGUCCUGAUAGAGUUCCUGACAUUUUGUUCCUCCCUUGAAGUUUACUUGAUUUAUAAGAGUAACAUAAUCAAUUAACUUACUGAUAGACAUUAUUUGUAUUGAGCAAAAUUAAUCUUUGGUAUCAAAUGUCAAGACACACUUGGAAUCUGAUGCUUCUAGAGAAGUUAAACAUGUUUAAUUUUAUUUUCAGGGUCAAAUAGUGGAUCCACGUGGUCCUAGGGACUUUGGAUGGGAUCCAUGUUUCCAGCCAGAUGGUUUUGAAAAGACGUAAGUAGGCAUGUGUGCACAUUGAAGUAUAUUUAAAAAUAUUUGGCUAUCUGUAAUAACCACUGGGUGUCACUAUUUUACUGUAAUCUGUGUAGACAUUCACUACCGAAACUCUUUAAAUCUUUUUAGUAUUGCAAUGAUUUAAGCAAGAAAUCAUUUUACAAUACAUGAAAAUGUUUGUGUCCAGGUGAUCUAAUCAACAUUACGUUAAUUUAGGGUUUUUUGUUUUUUCCUCCCUUACACUAUAUCAGUCACUAUAUACGAGUGCAGGGGUAGGCAACAUUCGGUACUCCAAAUGUUAUAUUCUACAUGUCCCCUGAUACUUAAGAGCAUUAUGGAAGAUGUAGUUCACAGCAUCUCUAUCCCUGAAGGUUGUCUGCCCCUUUACUAGUGUUUGCAUUCUCAACCUCUCUUCUGCAAUAAGCAUAGGUUGUCAUGGUGCAUGGAGGUGUUGUUUAUAAAGUUCUGCAGCUCUAAACAUGCCCCCUUGCCUGUAACUUCAACCACAAUUACUGUAUGUACUUCCUCCUUUGAUUGUAUAGAUAUUUGUAUGGCUACCACUCGUUGUAUUGAGCAUAUUGUGCAAGUCCCCACCUUUUGUCUGACUAGAAAUGGUAGGUUCUCAAGCACUGUGUUUUCAGACUGCUGAUUGCUGUAUUACUAUGUAUUUCAUUAUAGGUAUGCAGAGCUCCCAAAGGAAGUAAAGAAUACAAUUUCUCACCGGUACAGAGCCCUGAAGGAAAUGUCUGACUAUUUCAUCCAGAACAGCUCUUCUUGAUGUUGUUCGUUAUGAAGGCUUAAAGGGGUAAGUUACUUACAAAAUACGAUCUCUCACUGUAGACACAAGAAAAGGCAUUACAUAUUUGAUGCCUGUGGGGUUUUGACAUAUUGAAGUGCAAAAUGUUACACAUCCUCUUGCCACUUGGAGGCUAAAGUUAGACAUGAAAUGGAAAGCCACGCAUGUUAAAAUUUUGAACAUGUAAUUUUUGAGGAUACAGAGGUUUUUAGCUUUAUUUCUCUUGGCCAUGUAUAUUAGGGGAUAUUAUAGGUAUCCAAACAAUCUUAUCUUAAUUAAGUGGAUUUGGUGCAUAGAUCAGGUCCCUGCAGUCUCUCACUGCUCAAAAUCACUAACUCCUAGCAGAAGGCUGCACCUGCAGACUACAAACACCAUGAAGUGUGUGUGUGUGUGUGUGUGUGUGUAUAGAUAUAUAUCUCACAAACUUACUUUUAUAAAUUAAUUUUAAAAAAGUUAUUAUACUCUUUUCUUUUAUACAACAGCUCUAUUUUUUUUAUCAGAGAAGACUUGUGACCUGUUGCAAAGUUAUGAGAAAUCAGAAAACCUCGGUUUGUUGAAGCUACACGGUGUUUCAUAUGAAAUGUAACCUGCACAUGGGGCAAAACUGUUCUAAAUAAACUUUUUUUUUUAUUUAAACAUAAUCUUCUCAUUUCUUUAACAUAACUAAAUGUGUCACUUGCAUUGACUACCAGUGGGACCUUUAUUAUUUCUCUUCCAUAUUUAGACAUGGACUAACUAGUUGUAAAAAUAU